GCUGCUGAAGCUGUUGCGUUUUGCUGCAAAUGAAAUUUAAAAGUUUGAGGUUCUUUAAUAAUUCAUCCCACGACCUAACCUCAGCGAGUGAUUUGUUCUCACUCAUCUAUCAUCUAAGAGAAACACUUCUCCUCACCGAAAAUGCCUCCCAAAAACUGGCCCACCAACCUCCCCUACCUCACAAACCCAGCCUACUCCCCAACCCUCAAACCCACCCACCUAACAGCCCUCCGCACCCGUCCCCAAGAAACCAAAGACCUCCCACCAAACACCCCCAAGGGACCCAGCUCCCUCGUCAAAAUAACAUCAAUAACAACACUCACCCAUCCCGCCAAUGGCCAAAGCGGCCUAUUCGCAACCAAAGACCUAAAACCAGGUACUUUCAUCCUCCAAUACAUCGGCGAGAUCCACGCCUCUCCCCUCCCCAACCCCACCACAAAUCCAGAAGGGUCUCCCCCUCCGUCCCCAAACCCACCACCCAUAGACCCCCACGCAUCCUCCAAUUACGACCUAAGCCUCGACCGCGAACUAGGCAUCGGAAUCGACGCCGACAGACGCGGCAACGAAGCGCGCUUCAUCAACGACUACCGCGGCGUAGCGGAGCGGGCCAAUGCCGAGUUUAAAGAGAUCUGGGAUCCGGUGAGGAAGGAGAGGGGGAUGGGGGUGUGGGUUUUGCCGGAGGGGAGGAGUGGGAAGGGGAAGGGGGUUAGGAAGGGAGAGGAGAUUCUGGUGUCGUACGGGAGGGGGUUUUGGGGUGCUAGGAGGGGGGAGGGCGAGGAUUGA